CAGCAUUUUGCUCGUUUGUAGUGCAGCUCCGUUUUCCUACUCCCAGAAUGCCGGCUACUCGUUCCCAGCGUGCUGCUGCCGUGGCUGCAGCAGGUGCCGCUGCCACCAUGUUGGCGCCAGCAUUUGUCGCUCCCAAAACCGCGGGCGCCGUCAGUGCCAAUGUCACACCUGCAUCUGCGGCGCCUGCGGCGCCUGCUGCGGCGCAGUGCAGCGUCUUGGGCGCAGGAGCAGCGGCCCUUGCCGCCGCUGCUGCCGUGAGGCCCUCCAAGCGCUGCGCCAGGAAGGAGGCAGUGGUGCGCAUGGCAACAGCCACUGAUGUGGACGUCGACACGGAGUGCAUCAACGCCAUCCGCUUCCUGGCUGUGGAUGCCGUGAACAAGGCAAACAGUGGCCACCCGGGUGCCCCCAUGGGACAAGCUCCGAUUGGAUACUUGCUCUUUGCGGAGGAGAUGCAGCACAACCCUAAAGACUCCAAGUGGGUGAACAGGGACCGCUUCGUGCUCUCUUCAGGCCAUGGAUGCAUGCUGCAGUACUCUCUGUUGCACUUGGCUGGGUACGAGAGCGUCUCCAUGGAUGAUCUCAAGCAGUUCCGCCAGUGGGGCUCUAAGACCCCGGGCCACCCGGAGAAUUUCGAGACAGACGGCAUCGAAGUGACCACGGGUCCUUUGGGCAUGGGCAUCUCCAAUGCUGUGGGCCUUGCCGCUGCAGAGGCGCACCUUGCCGCAGUGUACAACAAGCCCGGCAUGGAGCUGAUUGACCACUACACGUACACUAUUGCGGGUGACGGGUGCAUGCAGGAGGGCAUCUCCCAUGAGGCCUGCGCCUACGCUGGCCACCUUGGCUUGGGCAAGCUGAUUGCCUUCUACGAUGACAACGGCAUCACCAUCGAUGGCCACACCGACCUCUCCUUCACCGAGGACGUGGGCAAACGCUUCGAAGCCUAUGGCUGGCAGGUGUUGACGGUGAGCGAGGGCAACACGGAUGUGGAUUCCAUCCGCAAGGCCAUCAAGGAUGCCAAGGCUUGCACAGACAAACCGACGCUCAUCAAGGUGAAGACCACUAUCGGCUUUGGCUCCCCCAACAAGGCGGACAGCCAUGACGCCCACGGGGCACCCCUGGGAGCAGAUGAGGCGGAGGCGACGCGCAAGCAGCUGGGCUGGGACUACGGCGAGUUUGAGGUGCCGGAACAGGUCUACGACACCUUCCGCAAGCAUGCGUCCUCAGGUGCCGAGAAGCAAAAGGCUUGGGAGAAGAUGUGGGAGGAGUACCAGGAGAAGGAGCCGGAGCUGGCGGCGCAGUUCAAGCGCGCAGUGAUGGACCGGGAGCUGCCGAAGAACUGGAGGGAUGCGCUGCCCAAGGUGACGCCCGAAGACAAGGGCAAGGCAACGCGCUUGCACUCGCAGGACUGCCUGAAUGCCAUCGCCAAUGUCCUGCCGGAGUUCAUGGGCGGCUCGGCCGACUUGGCGCCCUCCAACAUGACCUUGAUGAAGUGCACGGGCGACUUCCUCUCGGGCAGCUAUUCUGAGCGCAACAUGCGAUUUGGCAUCCGCGAGUUCGGCAUGGGUGCUGUUUCAAACGCGCUCUCCCUGGACAAGACAGGCAUUAUUCCUUAUUGCGCCACCUUCACCAUUUUCACUGACUACAUGCGCGGCGCCAUCCGCAUUGCUGCGCUGUCCCAAGCAGGCACCAUUUUCGUGACCACCCAUGACUCCAUCGCAGUUGGAGAGGAUGGGCCCACCCAUCAGCCCAUUGAGACGAUCCCAUCACUCCGACUCAUUCCGGACCUUACAGUGAUCCGCCCUGCGGACGGCAAUGAGACUGCUGGCGCCUAUGCGUAUGCCGUGGAGCGCUCCAAGAAUGACUCCCGGCCUACGAUGAUGGCCUUCUCCCGCCAAGCCUUGGACAACCUCCCCAACUCCUCCAUUGAGAACACCCUCAAGGGUGCCUACGAGGUGAUUGAGUGUGCGGACCCGGAGCUCAUCCUGAUUGGAACUGGCUCAGAGGUUGGCCUUUGCGUGGACGCGGCCAAGAGAAUGGAUGGCAAGAAGGUGCGAGUGGUGUCCAUGCCAUCCUGUGAGAUCUUCCGGGCCCAGUCGGACAGCUACAAGUCAGAGCUGCUGCCUGGCGAUGUGCCCAAGAUGAGCGUGGAGGCUGCCUGCACCUCUGGCUGGGGCGAGUUUGCGGACGCCUUCGUGGGCAUCGACGUCUUUGGCGCCUCUGCACCGGGCGGCACCUGCCUGGACAAGUUUGGCUUCAAUGUCGACAAUGUGUUCAGCUGCGCGGAAAGGUGUCUCUCUGGCGAGAAGGGCGUGCUGUCCAACGGAUCUCAAGGAAAGCACUGAGGCGCUUUGUGAGCGUUCGCGCUCUCCAGAACUGGCUGUAAUUUUCUUUAGCCCAUUCGGAGAUUGCAAGACCUCGCCGUGCACUCUUAGUUUUUGACGAGCAACGCUUUGUUAUGUGCCAGCUGUCUCA